AUGGAUGCCGCCCAACAAGCGCCCCCAGAGAGAGGGGAGACAGACACGGAGGCUCCCAGCCCCAGAGGCGGAAUCGCCCAUUUCCUGCUCCAGGGGAAGGCCGACUGCCACUUCUCCAAUGGAACGCAGCAGGUGCGAUACCUGUACAGGGACAUCUACGACCGACAGGAGAUCCUCCACUUCGACAGUGAUCGUGGGGAGUUCGUAGCCAUUGUGGCAUUGGGGCAACCCGAGGCCCGCAAGUUCAACCGAGAUCAGAACUUCCUGCAGCUCAUGAAGGCCCAGGUGGGGCGCUGCCGACAGAACUACGAGGAGGCCAAGGGGGCCCAGAUGGUGGGCCGGAGAGGUGAGUCCGGGAGGGAGGGAAAUAUUUAUCAGUUACGUCUCUCCCGUCCCUCCUCCCCUUCCUCCCCUCCAGCCAAGCCCACCGUCUCCAUCUCCUCCACCAAGCUGGACCCCGCUUCCCCCAACACCAUCCUCCUCUGCACCGUGAGGGUCUUCUACCCUGUGGAGAUCGAGGUCCAGUGGCUGAAGAACGGGCGGCCGGAAGAGGAGGGCGUGGCCUUCGGGGAGGAGCUCCAGAAUGGAGACUGGACCUACCAGCUCCAGGUGAUGCUGGAGACCCAGCCCCAGCGGGGGGACAUCUACACCUGCCAGGUGGAGCAUGCCAGCCUGGAGGCCCCCAUCACCGUCCAAUGGGAGCCCCGUUCCUCCAACUCUGCCAAGAGCAAACUCUGGACGGGGAUUGUUGCAGCUGUGAUCGGGGUGAUCUUCUUCACCAUGGGGCUCUCCCUCUACCUGAGGAGCAAAACAGCAAUUCCCAUCCAGCCUCCUGCAGCACUCAUGAAUUAAACCUGCUGUCCUUCCUGAUUCCUGAUGGGAAAGGAAGUUGUUUUUUUUCAGUAACUGAUGAAUUUCUGGCUUUUUCGCAACCUCUGAAAAAUGGAGGGUCAAGAUUUUAGAUUGGGGGGAGGAGAAGAAUGGCAGCCUGGAGCUUCUCCUGCUGAGACACCUCUGGCUUUCCUUUGAAGGCCUCUCUUUCUUGUGAGGGGGCGGUGGAGACCAUCUAGACUGACCCCUGGGACUCUGGACCUGCCUGUCAGUCCGUACACCCAA